UUAGAUUUUGGCGCGAAUUCGAGCUCCUCCUAGGGCUUGGUGUGGGCGGCGGGAUGUCUCUUCUUGUCAAGAAGCUCUCGGCGUGCGCCAUUUUGCCGUCCAGAGGCUCAGCGCUCGCCGCCGGCUACGAUCUCUCCAGUGCGUAUGAUAGCGUUGUUCCUGCCAGAGGCAAGGCGCUUAUUCAAACCGAUCUCUCGGUGGCACUUCCGGAAGGAACUUAUGGCCGCAUUGCUCCACGCUCUGGACUGGCAUGGAAGCACUCGAUCGACGUGGGCGCUGGUGUUAUAGACGCCGACUAUCGCGGACCACUCGGUGUCAUCCUUUUCAAUCACUCUGACACGGAGUUUUCGAUCAAAGCCGGGGAUCGGAUUGCUCAGCUCAUACUGGAGAAGAUUGUCACUCCUCCCGUCCUGGAAGUCGAGGACCUGGAUCUCACCGUCAGGGGAGCUGGAGGAUUUGGCUCAACCGGAGUGACCCUCAAAGUUGUUGCUUGAGAAUCGAUCGAACACUAGUAAGUUUCUCUUUGCAAAAGUCUUGUAGCUCAAAGGAUGUUUGCAAAGUUCGUUCUUUUGUCUAUUGACAGAUGAGAUGAAACGAAGAUAAAUGGUUUCUUUA